UUAUGAUUUGUCUGAUUCUUGCAUUAUUACCUAGAAUACACAUACAUCCUACAGGUGAAGAAGCCUGGUGUGGAGGUCCUGGGCUGGUGGGGUUACAAGUAGACCGGUUGGGAGGCCGGUUGGAUGUACUGCCAAAUUCUCUAAAAUGACAUUGGAGGUGGCUUAUGGUAGAGAAACCAAAGCGACUAAUACGCCUUGCUCACAAUGAUUAGUGUCAUAUCACAAAACAGUAUGCAGCAUCAUCUGGAUGUGUGCAAGAAAUGUUCAACAUUCACCUUAUGCUACCAUUUCUGUCAAGCUGUCUACCUGUACAGUUUGACACAAAUGUUUGAUAAAUCCAAUGUACUGUACUCACUGCAACUGCCUCUGUACUGCAAAUGCAGCGUUCCAUUGGAAAUUAAUGUACUUCUAGUGUACCAAAAUGCAAAGGACCUGUCGGUGUGAUCGUAAACCACAAGGGAUUAAAAAAAAAAAAGUAUUUAACCUUUAACAAGGCAAGUCAGUUAAGAACAAAUUCUUAUUUACAAUAUCGGCCUACCAAAAGGUAAAAAGCCUGCGGGUGCUGGGAUUAAAAAUAAAUUACAUUUAAAUAUUGGACAAAACACGCAUCACGACGGAGACAACACUACAUAAAGAGAGACCUAAGACAACAUAGCAACACGGUAGCAGCACAAAACGGUAUAAACAUUGGGCACUGACAUCACAAAGGGCAAGAAGGUAGAAACAAUACAUCACGUAAAGCAGCCACAACUGUCAGAAAGAGUCCAUGAUUGAGUCUUUGAAUGAAGAGAUAAAACUGUCCAGUUUGAGUGUUUGUUGCAGCUCGUUACAGUCGCUAGUUGCAGCGAACCGUAAAGACGAGCGACACAGGGAUGUUGCUAUUCAAAAUUGCUAUUUGUCAUUUUAUUUAGAAGUGGCCAUCCUAAAAGGACAUAUCACUCUUGAAAUGUUUAUGGACACAGUAAUGCCUUGUUAGGAUGAAUAAAUUUCACUACCCAUUUAUGCUUAUGUGCAGAUUUUAAUAUGAAGUCCGUUUAAAAAAAACAGAUUGUCUUAAUCUGUAUCGGAUGAAUUGAGAGAUGUGUCACCACUCAAUGUCUUUUGUUUUACUCUUCCUGUUAAAUUGAUAUCCCAAGUAUACACAAAGGGUGAAAAAGUUUUUUUGCUUUGGGGGCUUUUAACAGAAUGUGACUGCCAGAACGGGUGUUGUAUGUGGAGGAUACACAGUGUAGAUCGCCAUCUGAGGUGCACCAGAUGGAGCCUGUGUCAUUACAGACAUUUGGCAUCCGAUUAGUAAACCUAGAGCGUUGUCCGGUCGGAGUAAAGCAGGAGGAGGAGCCGAUUCUAGAGCUUUGUGCUGCUGUCACUGUCACAUUCUGUGGUACACACUCGUUUUGGGCCUGCGUCACAUGCUCCGACUCUAGCGCUGCAGCUCAUCUACAGUAUUCCUCCUGACCUGACUGGAUAGAGGAUACGGUCGUUGUGUGAGGUCCUGUGGUUGCAGGGAGAACGCACCUUAGCUCUCUUCUGGUCUAGUCAGACAUGUUGAUUACAUGGUGGUAUUUAUAUCUUACAGCUCGGGGCAUCCUCCAACAAAGCAAGUAUUUGUUUGUUAUUGUUUGUGCCUAAAGUAGUUAAGGGUUUCCUGCUAGGAUCGACAAGCUCUGCACGGUGAUAUGGUGUUUCUGUUGAUUGAAUGGUUGGUUGUGUGUGUGUGUUUAAGAAUCGGGUGUAGGUGGUAGUAGGCGAAAGUCAUGCAGGACUAAAGACUAGAAUCAAAUGUCUAAAACCUUAAUCUCUAAUCUCUGGGCAGUGCUGUCAGCCUGCCAUUUUAAAGCGACGCAGGUUAUUUUUUGAGUGCAUCAAUUAUUUAAUGAAACCCAAAUGAAUCCUAGCUGGGUCAGGAAAAGUGUUUGUCCUGCUUGUGUCUGAUGGUUCACUAUUGUGUCUCUUUGGACAUGUAAAAGACUUACAUUUUAUGUGUCUGACCAGGUACAUUCUCUCUCCCCCCUUUCUCUCCCUCUACCCUUCCCUCCUCUCACUCCCCUCUUUUCCUUUCCUAUGUCUGCCCUCCCCUUGCAUCUCUCUCUUCCUCUCUCUCCCCUCUUUUCCCAUCUCCUUCCCCCCAGCUUUGAACAUGGCCUCUAUCCUUCAGAAGCUCAUGACCCCCCUGGUCAGUGGGAACCCGGAGCCACCCAGGAACAAGGUGACGGUGGUGGGGGUCGGCCAGGUGGGGAUGGCCUGUGCUGUCAGCAUCCUGCUGAGGGAGCUAGCUGAUGAGCUGGCCUUGGUGGACGUGAUGGAAGACAAGCUGAAGGGAGAGAUUAUGGAUCUGCAGCACGGCAGCCUCUUCCUUAAAACAUCCAAGAUAGUCGCAGGCAAAGACUACUCUGUGACGGCUAACUCUCGCAUCGUCGUGGUAACGGCGGGCGUACGUCAACAGGAAGGAGAGAGCAGGUUGAAUCUGGUUCAGAGGAAUGUCAACAUCUUUAAACACAUCGUCCCUCAGAUCAUCAAACACUCCCCCAACUGCAUCAUCAUUGUGGUUUCCAACCCAGUUGAUGUGCUGACCUAUGUGACCUGGAAGUUAAGUGGCCUGCCCAAGCACCGCGUCAUCGGCAGUGGCACCAACCUGGACUCCGCCCGAUUCCGUUACCUGAUGGCAGACAAACUGGGCAUCCACACUACCAGCUUCAACGGAUGGAUCCUGGGAGAACACGGAGACACCAGCGUGCCUGUGUGGAGCGGUGCUAACGUAGCAGGCAUUAACCUGCAGACGCUGAACCCUGACAUCGGUACUGAUGCUGACCAGGAGAACUGGAAGGAGACGCACAAGCAGGUGGUCGACAGUGCCUAUGAAGUGAUCACGCUGAAGGGCUAUACUAACUGGGCCAUUGGCCUGAGUGUGGCUGACCUGACAGAGAGUCUGAUCAGGAACAUGAACAGAAUCCACCCUGUCUCCACCAUGGUCAAGGGCAUGUACGGUGUCAAGGACGAGGUGUACCUGAGUCUGCCGUGCGUCCUGAACGCUGGGGGCGUGGCCAGCGUGAUCAACAUGACCCUGACGGAUAAUGAGAUCGGCCAAUUAAAACAGAGUGCUGACACACUGUGGGGCAUACAGAAGGACCUGACGGAUGUGUAACAGAACAACAGGGGGCGCCACACUCCACUCACCACCAGGUUGCGUCCCAAUAAUAUCUCCUUUGUCCUGAAGUGUGGACUCCUUCACAAUUUUCGAAUCUACAAAAUGUAUCUAAUCUUAUAAUCUAGAUUCACACAAUCCAAAAGCAUUGGAUCGCUGGAGGCAUGGGCCAGUGCGAGUUUACAUCAGUAAUUUCCUUUCAAAUCAAUGAAGGGAAGGGAACUAGUGCACACCUUUGGAGGAAGGAUCGAUAAUUGGGACAGAGCCCCACUCUCUUGAUCACCUAUAACUCAACGUUUGCUACUUAGCAGACAGUCGCUUUUAUCCAAAACGACUUUCAGUACAGGGAAUGCAUAUAUUUUCAAUGUGUAUUUGUUCCCUGCGGUAAUUCCCUUCAUUCAUUUUAAAUGUUUGAAUUCACUACUGUAAGUCGUUCUGGAUAAGAGUGUCUGCUAAAUGACGUAAAUGUAAAAUGUAAUUGAACCUGAAACUUUCCCAUUGCUAGCACUGCACUACGCUCUUAACUGGGCUACACAGUAAAGAAAUUACUCAACUUCCAAAAAUACACUGUCGGUGUCACUGCUCCCAUUUUACACUCUAGUACUGUUCUUAGCUUCCCUGUCAUCUGGGGGGGGG